AUUUGUUGUAGUUUUACUGCUUAUCAGCAGAUGUUACUACGCCAGCCUGCAAAUAACGAAACCUAGAUCGUGGACAUCGUGGAAUAUACAGUAACUGGGACAGCAGUGCACGUGGACACAGUGGGACAUCGCCGUCGUUGUGACAGCAGCUGAGGGAAUUUCCACCUGAAACAACGCAUACAGUUGUGUUGCGGAGAUUGGAGCGCCCUUGGGAUACGUAUAGGAUACGCUUAAAUGCAGCGAUGUCGGUCAACGUCGUCCGUGCUGCCGUUGAAGACGACGGCGAGGAGGUUCUACGUCUAUUACGGGAACUGGCGAGCCUUUCCAACGGCCAAUUUAGAAUGGACAUAGACAGAUUCAGAAGAGAUGGCUUUGGCGAAAACAGAAAAUUCCAUUGUUUAGUCGUUGAUUCCCCGACAUGUCCAAAAGAGUUGAUUGGUGUCCUGGUGUAUAUCUGGUUUUACAGUACAUGGAUUGGAGAAGUGUUAUACAUAGAGGAUAUAUAUGUAGCUGACGGCUUCAGGAGGCAAGGCAUCGGGUCUGCUCUCUUCCUAGAGGCAAUUAAGAUUGCAGAGGCCAAACAUUGUCCUCGACUUCAGUGGAUGGGGAGGAACUGGAAUGCUCCCGCGCUUCAGUUUUACCAGAAUACAUGCACAGGAUAUAUACGAGGAGAGGGGCUUCAAGGUGUUCAGAUUGACUACAGACGCGAUGAGGACUGCUGCUGAAAUAUUGGCGAGUUCAAAUCACUGACAGUAUGGAGGUCCUUGUGUUUAUAUACUGACAUGUAAUCAGGAGUUUUGUUUCUCCCUGUGGAGCUUGUUUUCGUAGCUGAGAUGCCACAAAGGGAUUCAGGGAUAUGGAAUCAAGACGGGUUUCUUUAUGAGUGCUGUGUGUCAGUGUGGCCCAGUGGCAUAGAUGACAGGACACCGUUGUGCAGAGUUGCUUCCCUUAGUUUUAUCGGGAUCCAGUGGUCCAUUAGUUCUGAUUGUGAUUCUUGGAUUUUCUACCAGUUCCCAGAUCAUGGGUCUCGUCAAAGUUGUAAACAUCAACGACUUCUACUUCCACUUGACACGCCAUUGUAUAACUGAUAUACUGUACUCAGCGGUGUUACAGUAAACUCACUCACUCAUC